UUUGUUGCAUAUACUUUAAAUUAGUAUAUAUCUAUAUUGGUAUGGUUGAAUAUGUCUAAUUAAAAUUGAAUCAUUUUAAUUGAUUUGUCUAAAACUAACAUUGACACUUUAUAAUAUAAUAUGAUAUAAUAUAGUGUGAUAUAAUAAUAAUAUAGGUACAGGUAAUGAUAGCAGAGGAAGUCCCACUGAUAUGGACAUGGCUGCUUUAGAAGACGCCAUGCAAGACCAGUCACCUAGCAACAGUGUCCAUAGUAACCAGGAUAUAGAAUCCAGGGAUAAUCCUAUGACAUCAUCAUCAUUAGAUCUGGAGAAUAGACUUCUCAAGAAUGAGAUAUCAUCAUUAAAUCAAGAAAUGACAUCUCUUGUACAGAGAGCAAAGGACUCAGAAUCAGAUUUGGCCAAGUUACGUGAGAAAUUAAAGGAUCAGUCUAGAAAUGUAUCAAAGUCUGACCAGUCAGUGAGGGAGUUACAGAAUAGGGAACAGGAUUUGUUGGAGGCCAUAGGGGCCAAGGAUUCUCAACUAGGGGUGUUGAGAAUCAGGCUAGAAGAGGCUGAUAGGGAGCUACAGAACAGACAGAAACACCUUGAGAGUUUAAAAUCGGACAAAGAAAGAAUAUUGAGGGAUCAUACAGAUUCCAGUGGUAUACAUGGUCAAGCUUUAGAUUCAUUAAGACAGAAACUAUCAGAGGUAGAGGCUACAUUAGAGAGAGAACAAGAAGCUAACAAAAUAUCGAGGCAAGAGGCGGCAGACAGACAGACAAGAAUGGAGGAGGAGCAGAGAAGUUUUACAGAAGCUCUUGCCGCAGCUGAGAAAAAAUAUAGUGAUGAAAAAGGCUGGGUAACAGAAUUAAACAACCAACUGAAAUCUAUGAGAAAUAGCUUAGAGUCAGCCAAACAGGAACUCUCGGAGUAUAAAGAAAAAGCAACAAGGAUAUUACAGUCUAAGGAACGAUUGAUUGCCAGUUUACGUGAGGGAUCAGGAGCAUCGGGCGAGGCAGCUGGUGUGUCAAGUCUAGAGUAUGACACAGUCAAACAGGAGAGAGACAUGUUUAAAGAGGAAAUACAACAAGCUAGAAUGACUGUAGAGAAUCUCAAAGUGGAACUAGCUGAUGUUGAGUCUCAGAUGCAGCAGGAGAAUGACACAGCCCAAGAUACAAUACGAUCACUGGAGGAUAAUAUAGGUGAGGAAAAACAGAGGAGAGAAGACUCUGAGCAGGAGUUACUUAAACAAAAGCGGGAGCUGCAAUAUGCCAUUGAGGAACUACAUAAACAAAAGACAUCAUUCCAGAGUCGAAUGAAAGACAGGGAAUCUGAAAUUGAGCGGCUGAGAAAUCAGUUGGCUACAAAGUCCAUGAGUUCAACAUCAGAAUCUGAGCUGGAAUCUCGAGUGAGAGAAUUAACAGAAAGUCUAAUACAGAAACAAACCAUGGUGGAGGCAUUAAGCACAGAGAAAAACUCACUAGGGUUACAGCUAGAGAGGCUUGGGCAACAGUAUAAGGAUAUUCAGGCUUCAGCUGUAAGGACCAACACCACUGUGAUACCUGUACAUGAUGAUGAUGAAGGUAGAAAAUUACGGCAAAGAUUGCCACAGUUUAUGAGAGAGGUACCCACUGAUACAGAGGUGACAAGAAAAAUGAAGAGAGCUGUCAAUUCCAUUGAUAAAUUCAGUAUACGUCUUGGUGUAUUCUUCAGGAGAUAUCCCAUUGCGAGAGUUUUUGUGAUCGUUUAUAUGGCCUUAUUACACCUAUGGGUGAUGAUUGUACUGCUAACAUAUCAACCAGAGAUCCACGGAGCUGGAGCAGACGCCAUAAAAUUACCCGAAGCUCCUGACAAGUGAUGGAAACGUUAUACAAACACAUUUACAAACAGACUUCUGUAUACAUAUAUAAUAUAAAUGUUCCUUGCCAUGACAGCACCAACAUAGUGCGUUUGCGACCAGCAUGGAUCCAGACAAGCCUGCGCAUCCGCGCAGUCUGAUCAGGAUCCAUGCUGUUUGGUAUAAGUUUCUCUUUAAGGUUUGUAAGCGAACAGCAUGGAUCCUGAUCAGACUGCGUUGAUGGGCACGCUGGUCUGGAUCCAUGCUGGUUGCAUACACACUAUGUUGGUUUUGUCAUGUUGCGGUUCAAAUAUGUGGGACAUUGCUUAUUAUUGCACAUACCUGUAAAUAUUAAAGCAGUCCUGUAGUUGAAAGAGUGUGUAUGAAAAAGUGAUAUCUAACAAUGUGAUGAUAUUGAAAAUAUCUUACUGUAUAUAAAACAUAAAUUAAUUUAUGCAUAUUACUGUUGUUAUUUAUAAAAAAGAGAAAUUAUGUUUAAGAAAAUAUAACCAUAGCUUUUGGUUCAAGUAGAGUAUAUAUAAUACAUACAUCACAUAUGCAUAUACAUUACAAUAAUAUAUAAAACGGUUGGUUAUUUCACCAUUAUUUAGGAAUGAUAUUUGGUGAAGGGGCAAACCAUUGUGUCCUUGAGCAAGAAACAUAACACUAAUCACUUAGUGUUGCUUGGUUCAGGCUUAUAGCUUCCUUCAUAAACUAAAAUAAUUCUGUAUGAAUUAAAGCAGAAUAACUAUAGAAAAAAUAUGUGAAAGGAAAAGUAAAGUUUAGUAUGACAUAUGGCUAAAAGUAAAUACAGUACUACUGAGCAUUUUAAUGUCUUACACAAGUAUGCCAUUGUUUACAAGGUUCAGGUUUAUUUGAAGCAUGAGAAUAAAGUGUAUUUUUGUAUAUUUGAAGUAAUGGUCAACCUUUUUCAUUAUGGAUUAAGAGUUAAUUUAAAAUAAUUUUGAAAAGUGGUUACUUGUCAUGCAAAAAGAAUUGGAAUUUUAAGACAUUUUUGUCAAUUACUGACAGUGUUUUUUUGUUGAUUUUUAAUUAGAAAUUCUGUUAAAUUUAAGAUUUCCAUAUAGCAUAAGGUGUAUUUUGAUGAUAGAUUAUGUUUAAACUUGCAUUAUUUUAAAGGUCUUUAUAAUCGUGUAUGUAUGUUAUAAUUAAAAUUUGGACACAAUGUUCAUUUUUACUAUGCAUUACCUUUAAACACACUAUAUUAUAAAGAAUGAAAGAUUAUAGCAGUCUGUUUUUGUCUUAAAAAAAACUCAUUUUGAGGUG